CAGGAGUUAAGAUGGCUUCCAUAGUUACACCAUCCUCUCUUUUCACCUAAUCAGCGACCUAAUUGCCCGGAGCAGGCUACACGGCCAAGUGCUAAGUCUUCCUUUCCCCUCCACUCACUGCAACCACAGAGUGACUGAAACCCAGCAGCGCCUCGCGGAGUAAACUCCGUAACCAAGGAAACACCACUUCCGCUGACGUCAUUACGGCGACACGUGGAUCCAAGAUGGCGGCGGCGAUGGACUGGUUGCCGUGGUCCCUGCUGCUUCUCUCUCUCACGUGCGAUACAGGCGCCUUCUAUGUUCCUGGGGUUGCGCCAAUCAACUUCCACCAGAACGAUCCUGUGGAAAUCAAGGCUGUGAAGCUCACCAGCUCUCGAACCCAGCUACCUUACGAAUACUACUCACUGCCCUUCUGCCAGCCCAGCAAAAUAACCUACAAGGCAGAGAAUCUGGGAGAGGUGCUGAGAGGGGACCGGAUUGUCAACACCCCUUUCCAGGUUCUUAUGAACAGCGAAAAGAAGUGUGAGGUUCUGUGCAGCCAGUCCAAUAAGCCAGUGACCCUGACCGUGGAGCAGAGCCGCCUCGUAGCUGAGCGGAUCACGGAGGACUACUACGUCCACCUCAUCGCGGACAACCUGCCUGUGGCCACCCGGCUGGAGCUCUAUUCCAACCGUGAGGGCGAUGACAAGAAGAAGGAGAAAGAUGUGCAGUUUGAACAUGGCUACCGGCUCGGCUUCACGGAUGUCAACAAGAUCUACCUGCACAAUCAUCUCUCAUUCAUCCUUUACUACCACCGGGAGGACCUGGAAGAGGACCGGGAGCACACAUACCGUGUCGUCCGCUUCGAGGUGAUUCCCCAGAGCAUCAGGCUGGAGGACCUCAAAGCAGAUGAGAAGAGUUCAUGCACCCUGCCUGAGGGUACCAACUCCUCCCCCCAAGAAAUUGACCCCACCAAGGAGAAUCAGCUGUACUUCACCUACUCUGUUCACUGGGAGGAGAGUGACAUCAAAUGGGCCUCUCGCUGGGACACUUACCUGACCAUGAGUGAUGUGCAGAUCCACUGGUUUUCUAUCAUUAACUCCGUCGUGGUGGUCUUCUUCCUGUCAGGCAUCCUGAGCAUGAUUAUCAUUCGGACCCUCCGGAAGGACAUCGCCAACUAUAACAAGGAGGAUGACAUUGAGGACACCAUGGAGGAGUCUGGGUGGAAGCUGGUUCACGGCGACGUCUUCAGGCCCCCGCAGUACCCCAUGAUCCUCAGCUCCCUGCUGGGCUCGGGCAUUCAGCUCUUCUGUAUGAUCCUCAUCGUCAUCUUCGUGGCCAUGCUCGGGAUGCUGUCGCCCUCCAGCCGGGGAGCUCUCAUGACCACGGCUUGCUUCCUCUUCAUGUUCAUGGGGGUGUUUGGUGGAUUUUCCGCCGGCCGUCUGUACCGCACCCUAAAAGGCCAUCGGUGGAAGAAAGGAGCUUUCUGUACGGCGACACUGUACCCUGGCGUGGUUUUUGGUAUCUGCUUCGUAUUGAAUUGCUUCAUCUGGGGAAAGCACUCAUCAGGAGCGGUGCCCUUCCCCACCAUGGUGGCCCUGCUGUGCAUGUGGUUCGGGAUCUCCCUGCCGCUCGUCUACCUGGGCUACUACUUCGGCUUCCGCAAGCAGCCAUACGACAACCCUGUGCGCACCAACCAGAUUCCCCGGCAGAUCCCUGAACAGCGGUGGUACAUGAACCGAUUUGUGGGCAUUCUCAUGGCUGGGAUCCUACCCUUCGGCGCCAUGUUCAUUGAACUUUUCUUCAUCUUCAGUGCAAUCUGGGAGAAUCAGUUCUAUUACCUCUUUGGCUUCCUGUUCCUCGUCUUCAUCAUCCUGGUAGUGUCCUGUUCGCAAAUCAGCAUCGUCAUGGUAUACUUCCAGCUGUGUGCAGAGGAUUACCGAUGGUGGUGGAGGAAUUUCCUGGUCUCCGGGGGAUCUGCAUUCUACGUCCUGGUCUAUGCCAUCUUUUAUUUUGUUAACAAGCUGGACAUCGUGGAGUUCAUUCCCUCUCUCCUCUACUUUGGCUACACGGCCCUCAUGGUCCUGUCCUUCUGGCUCCUCACGGGCACCAUCGGCUUCUAUGCAGCCUACAUGUUUGUCCGCAAGAUCUAUGCUGCUGUGAAGAUAGACUGAAGGGGGUGGACCAUGGCCCGGCCCACUCCAUCCACGGACAGGAAGCCACCCUACGUGGGGAACUGCAGGCACGUAAAAUAAAGUAACUCCUGCUCGUUUGGAAUGUAACUCCUGGCACAGUGUUCCUGGAUCCUGGGGCUGCGUGGGGGGCGGGAGGGCCUGUAGAUAAAUCUUGCAUUUUUCUUCAUCAUCUUAUUCCAGUUUUGUGGGAGAUGAGUUUUUUGUGGGUUGUUUUUCUUCAGUGCUAAGAAAGUUCCCUCCAUCAGGAACUCUCGGACCUGUUUUAUUCAGGUUUAUUUUUGGUUUGGGGUUUUUUUCCCUUAGUUUUUUAACAAGUGGAUCCAGGAUGGAUAAAUCCACCGAGACACUGGGUUUUGGUCACUGUCUCCACCUCAGUUCCUCAGGGCUGUUGGCCACCCCACGACUAACUGGAAGAUGAAACGCCGGGCCUUCCGGGCUUCAGUGAGGUUUCUGAGCCUCUCACUGCCCGUCCUCACCAUUGAUGCCGCGACAAAGCACAGCUCUAGCCCGGACAUGCAUCCUCAGUGUCAACCAGCCUCUUCCAGCCCCUUUCCCUACCUCUUCUCUCCUCCCCAGCCUCCUCCCAGAGCUGCUCAAGGCAGGGCUCCCCGCCAGGCCUCCAGGUCAUCUUGUCACUGGGAGCAAGGUCAAGUCUUGGUUGCUACAAGGAAAUCCCCAAGAAGUACUGGUGUACAGUGCCCCAGGACAGCAGGAAUUGCCCUUGCUCAGAGCAGCGAGAGUUUGCUGGACCAGAGAAGAGACUUGCAAUGAAUUUUCGUGCCAAGAAACCCUGGAUCCGGGGCCAAGUAUUUCCAAAGCCAAGCCAAGCAUCCACGUGUGUGUCUAGGAUGAAGGUCCUCACCCAUCAGGAUUGUUCCUCAGGUCCUUCCUGGGUUGGGGGUUGCUGCUCUUUGCAAAAUGUGCUGAUGGUGGGCCCUCUCUUUCCCCACUUCCAGGGCAGGACAAGGCCUGGAGACCUCAGAUUCCCUCCUUUAGGUGGCUUGGGAAGAGGCAUUCUCUCCCUGACAUCCCCCAGCCUCAGUGCCCAUACACAGUUCUUUUAGCCAGACCCCUCCCCUCCACUUCCACCUCCUUUCUGAGUUCUUGCUUCCUUUGGGGAACACCCAGAACACUGCUUGUGAGGAGGAAGAUGGAAGGUAAGUUCUGUAAUUCCUUCCCCAAUUCCCAGGAAUAGGCAAGGAGCCUAAGUCAGAGAGAGCAGCUAACAUGCAGGCCUGGCUGCUCCUCUGUCAACGCCCACUCUUCCUAACCCCCCUACCCACCCAUGCAUGUCACAGACAUUUGCUCUUAAGUUGCAGGAGACCAAACCAACCCUGGGAUUAGAGUUUAAGAAACAGCCACUCACCCUUGCUCCAGUCCCAUAGGACCCCCAUGGCAAGACAAAGCUCAGGUUGCUGGCUAAGCUAGGAACACCCCACCCUCUCACACCUCAUCUCCCCAGAUUCUUCCAGCAGCCCCCACCAGCUCCACCAACCAAACCAGUGAUCUUCUCAAUCUUGCCUCACAGUGACACCACAGUGCCAAGUGGUGUCCACCAAGAAUCAGGUUGGAGAAAAGGGAACCCAAGCAGUAGAGUAUAAUGGAGUCUUUUGUUCACUCAAAUAUUAGAUUUUUUCCCUAAGAGAUUCUCUCUUUGAGGGGAGUGGAGAAACAGACUCCUCAUAAAGAGUUCAAACAUCAUCAAUUUUUCUGACUUUUUAAAUCAUCAUCAUCAUUAUUUUUAAUUGAAAAAUGCCUGUAUGCCUUUUUUUGGUCCAAUUGUAAAUAAAUAUGCCAUUGUCCUGUU